UAGUUGGCUUACCACGAGCGCACAAGUAUUUUGGUGUAUUAGCAUGCAAAACAUUGAAAAGCAGUGUUUAAGACGUUAGUGUAAGGUAGAUAGUUGAGUGGGAAACGUUUGUCGCGGAUACAGAUAAUGUAUUAAAAGGACGACUUUAAUAAAACAUGUAUUUUACGCAAUUUUUAGCUGUAGUUUGUGUGGGAUUUGCAGUUGCUUUCGGUGAGGAAGACGGUGCCGUCUUUGAUGAUCAGAUUCACUACAUAGAGCCAGAGACCGGUGGUAAACUCACCCUUCAAAGUAAAGGGAAAUUAUCACCAAUAAUCGAUUUGGAUCAAACACCUGCGGUCAAGAGAGUUUUGUGUAAAGGAAACAAAGUUCUCGUAGCUCUGAAGAAAGAUCAACCGGAUGUGACGUCAUGGAAGCCUGGUCAACUGGUUAUCGGUAGUGGCAACUGGAGCUGUAAACAUAAUGUCCUUAAGCCGGAAUCCAAGACAGUCUACGCCAAAGUUGCCGAAAUAAAACGUCCGAAAGAUUAUGUUGUCGAACUGCACACGACAGACGCUGGACCACUUGACAUGUUUGAGAGAGCUGAUAUCCGGGUUCACUACGAGCAAGGACAGCUGGUUCCUAGUAGACACAGGCGUUAUUUGUCAAACCCACUUCGUACAGUUCUGAAUCGAGUAGAUUGGAAUGCCUCGUUUACAGAGAAUAUACCAUUUAACCUGAACCAUGAUAAUGAAACUGACGAGGAAAUCAACUUGUACAAGAACACGGGAAAAUAUGAGCCUUCCGUAGACACUGAUGACAAUACCACCUAUGAUGGAAAGGACUUUCUUUUUAGAUGUUUCAGUUGCCAUGGUUAUAGUCAGAUUUCGUAUUUCUUUGAGCUAAAGGUAUUUAAAGUAAACAACAAGGCAGUGAUCAAGAAAUAUACCAUGGAGAUGGACCUCAACACACAUGUCCAGCAAAAUUACAGCUUAUACACCGAGGAAGAGAUAAGCAUUACCAAAACAGGAACUUUCCAACGGACUCCAAGAUCACAGAUAUUCCAGACGGAAAUAGCUAAAUUCAAAACCUUUCCACCGAUUGUUUUAACAGUUGAUUACUCAAGCCAAUCUAACAUAGAGCUGAAGACGACUACGAAAAAACCAACAAUUUACACCGGAGAUUUUAGCAUGAAUGGACGGACAGUUAUAACUCAGAGGUUUGAGGAAGGAAAACCGACGCAAAAUGACGUAACCGUUUACAACUGGACGGUGACGUCAUCAAAUCAGCAUGUGGACACAAAUGGUACAAUGAACACCACAUUCGCAGUCUUUCAAAACCUGACAGUUUUUCCCGCCCUUUCCUGGGCAAUGAAAGACGUGGAUAUGAACCUAGGACCUCCUAUACAUGUCAGUACAAGACCAACUUUGAACGUUGUCUCAACCUCCGAUACUGUUGCGCGAUGUGACAAUAGCUCUAUAGCCAUUGACAGUAACGUCACAGUUGCUGAAACAGACUUUAGCGUGGAUGCUUUUGGAAUACUUAUCUGGAAUGUUAAACUGAUGAACAGCCUAACAAGAAAGCUUGACAUUUUGCACCAGCCUUUGAUGUACAGUUGCCAUGCCGACUGCCACGGUCCUGUGGAGAUGAGGGCUAAAGAUACUAUGGAGAUAGCCUGUCUCGAACCAAGUGGUCCCAUUGAAAGGGGUGAUGACAGAUUCAAAAGACUGCAUCAGCUGUGGGGUGAUUUUAUACUGUAUACCUCCGAGGAAGCAUCUUCGGCCUGGUGUGGUAAACCCGGAACGCCAUGUGUAAAUUGCACAGAUCACGUGGUUGGCAACGAUGACAACAGCAAGUGCGCAGACAGAAUGAUGAACUCUGACCUUGCAACAUCUGUCACAAGAUUGGCAAAGUUUGUGGAAGCAGAAUGGCCUGAAAGAAAACUAAUCGUGAAAGAAGCGUGGGAUGAGCCAACAUCCGACUUUCCCAACAGGCACCAUGGCAACAUAUCAGUAUUCUAUGAAGGCAGAGCAGCUGAAGUUGUUGUUUCAAAGCCUAUUUCUCAUUACGCAAAUGGUAUUCCACCAGUAGAAACUGAUGGAUUCAUUCUGCAAAGAUUGGGUGAACUGGCCGUGUGUUCGAAUUUCGCUUACGUGAAAAAUAAACAGUCUUCCGUCUCAAUGUGUGUGGAAAAGAAAAUUCGUUCGUCUGUAAAGAAACGUUCGCUCUUAUCCAGAACACGACGAUCAGGUCACGUAGAACAUUCCAUGGUCAAAGACAUGCUUGAAAACCUUGGAGUAGCGGUACAGGACUCUCUAGGGGAUUUAGGUACGGCUCCAGUAAUUACACUCGGCAAUGGGUAUCCCCCUGGCAAAAAUAUGGAGCAAGCAUGCGGGGCUUUCACUGGAAGAGUUUCACAAGAUGACAGUAUGAGAUUUAAAAGACUAAUAGAAUACCCGUUGACUGAUACUGAAUUUGAACCCGAGGGACCUAGUGGUUCCUGGUGUGGAGUGGAGACACGGCAAUGUAGUGACUGUACCGCGGCCUCAGAGGACCUAGACGACCACUGGACAUGGUGCGGUACUCGAACGAUGCAUAUGAGGCUCGCUACAAGGCUCCAGCGUCUGGUUGUCAUUGUAAAUGGACAUGUAAAAGUUGAAAAGGCAUUGUCGAUGAAUAAUACUGACGGUUCAUCAAAUCUCUUUACAGAAGGGAGGGCAGCCAGAAUCAGUUUGUCACCCGGAUCAUCUUUGACAAUGUCUGAAUUCGCAUCAAAAGCAAUUCUAGCAGGAUUUGACUAUGUCUCGUACACAUCUCCAAAUUAUCUAGAUGUCUGUGUCAAAGUUCAAGAUGGUAUCCAAACGCACCUAGUACAGUUCCCACUGGCUAAUCUAAUCGGGGUUCCACUUCCGCUUGGCGAGGAAGACGAAUAUGAUUAUCCGGAAUCUCUGAAGAAUGAAUCAAGAAAACCUUUGUUAUUUGACGUUUCCACAAGCUCCAACAAUAUCGCCGAUCAUUUCCGUCUAAGCAACUUUGUAAGUCCUGGCAAACGGUUUAUUAGACUCGACUCAGUUUUAAUCAGUCUUCUAGAUCUUGGAUUCGAGGCUUUUAAUGGUGGUUUCUACGUCAUUUCCGGUUCCGGAUAUAGACCAAGGUCUGUUAAUUUGGACAAUAUAGCAACAAGGCAUGAGAAAGAAAUGCUUAGAUAUGAGAUGGGACAAGCUGUUGAAAUAAAACCAAACAAACCAGCUAAUGACGAGAGUUUAUUUGAUCUGGCAAUAGCAAUUGUAAAAGUGGCGAAGACCGUACGAAUGCAGCGUAUCGGAAUAGGCAUUGGUAGUAAGCCCGACAGAUUGUAUUUUGAAAUCCGACCAAUGGCUGAGGAGGAAAGCAAGGCUAUUGAGGUGUGGGACAGUGGAAACACCAAUCUUUAUAAAAAAUUAAAAGAAAUUGAGACUUUAGUUUAUAAAGGCGGUACUGUGGUUUAUGCGAGGGAAGACUCUGUUAUAUGUAGCAAGCCAGUUUUGGGAGAUGACUACUUUUACUUUAACUUCGAUCUCGACCAGGAAGGCCAUUGCUGGGCAGCAAAAGAUGAGUUCUGCGCUGAGACGAAUGAACACCGUUACAAUAUCAGUCUGGUCUUACAGAGGCGUCUGACGUCAGCAGCCGGUACGGGGAAAUUGCCGAGAAAAGACAUAUUGCCAGAAAUCGAAAACUGUGUUGUCAAAACAUGCGGCGGAUGCCCUAGUGCUGGCGCUAUCUGGAAACAAAAAGUGAUAACAUGUACAAAAAUGAUAUUGCGAUAUCUGGAGCGGGCAAGUACACCAUUUCAGCCAUUGAAAGAUAAGGUUUCUGUAUUUAACACAGAAAACCACGAGUCAGCCGUGCAUUCACAAGCUUGUCACGAUGGAAAGAUUUGUGUAGAAAACACACAGAUAUAUUCCCUUCUGAUGCCUCUUAUAACCGCAACGUACAAACAUGAAAACACGGAUGAACUCUUGUUUGGAGGGGCAGAUAAUCCAAGUCCUCUCCUAGAGAUAGUUGAACAGGAACUAGCUUGGAGGGCAGAGGGGAAUGUCGACGUUUACUUAGAGAAUGCAAAGGACGUCAAUGCACUUAGAAACGUGAUAAAGAUACUGAUGAUGUAUAAUAAGAAAGUAAGUGACAUCACGUUCCAUCUUGACCCGGAUGCAGACGAAGAUGAGGUCAUCAUAACAUUACAGCGGAAAGUAGAGCAAUGGUCAGGUUCCGUGUGUCCGAUGUGGAGCAGACUGGUGUCCACACCAUACACUUUUAUCACGAUUCCACACGAGAGAAAAAGGCGAAGCCUUGAACGAAGCAAGGAUAGAAAUAAAAUGAAAUUUGAGAUGAAAAAUUGGGAAGUUGAUUGGAUGUUGAAAUCAUAAGACAAUUCUCAGCACAAUGCUGUUAUAUCUUUGUCACACUUUUUGCAAUAAUAUUUAGAUGUUUAACAUAAUUUGUUUCAUGUGGAAUUCUUUUAAUUAAAUGUUUCAUAUUAGCCCGGAAAUCCAUCUGAACAAAAGGAAUCCUGAAUAACCUGAUUGGGAAGCUUUCAACAAGUCUGAUAUAAACGAUCCUAAAGUUUCGUUGCUUGUAACUACCUAGCCAACAACACGAUUUAACCCUUACCCUGCAUGAACAUGUCCAUCUUUCAGUUUGGACAGUACCAUUAACUGUUAAAAGAGGUACUUACCAAAAAGAUACUGACUGAAUGGCGAACAGUGCAGACCAUGAUCAGACUGCACGGAUGUGUAGGCUGAUCUUGGUCUGCACUGGUCGCGAAGGCAGUAUCACUUGCCGCCAGCUGGCUAAGGGUUAAUGAUAACAUAUAUGUUCUUGAACGCAUAUAUUUUAUCUUAUGAAGACUUCAUGACUGUCAACUUUUGCCGAUGUCGCUAGCUACAUGUUUCGUGUUAUUUCUCAAUAUUUCUAUGUGCUUGUUUUUGUUAGACGUUGUUUAGGUGUUUUUCACCCAAUUGUUUUGCAAACAGAAUUCUAGCAGUUACAUAUACUUACAGUCCGUGUAACGAUAUGCUUAUGAACGCAAUCAGAAUGAAAUGAUUUCCUAUAGAAAAAGUGCAAACAUGUUUAUGAAGUAGCACAAGUGUGUCCCAGUUUGAAGGAGUACUGCGCUUUUAACAACAUAUUAUAUAUGUAUGAAUAAACUGUGUAAAAAAACAGUUGUAUUUAAUUAUAAAGGAUUGUAUGUACAUUUGCUAUAAUCUUGUUGCAAGUAUUCAAUGAUUUAUGCCAGUUUCAUUUUGAAGUACACAAAUAAUUUACAAUGUAGCUAUUACAUUAUACAGUUUGUUGCCCUGAGCAUGAGUUUUCUGAACACUAAGAAUUGUUUUAUCUGAUAUGCUUUUAAUAAAUGUCUAGUUUCAAACUUGCGCCACCUUUAAAAAAUGACCAAAGAAUGUACUAGACUGAAAAUUCUUUAGACUAUCUUAUUUAUAUACAUAAUUAAGAAAUAAAAUGAUUACUAAUUAAGAAUA